ACCUGCUGGAGGCGAGGUCGUGUGGCAUCCUGGACGUGCUGGACGAGGAGAGUCGACUCCCGCAGCCCAGCGAUCGCCACUUCACCGCCUCGGUCUUGCGAGCUCACCAAGGGCACUUCCGCCUCUCGGUUCCACGUAGUUCCAAGCUGAGUCGUCACCGCGCUCUUCGUGAUGAAGAAGGAUUCGUCAUCCGCCACUUCGCUGGUGCCGUCUGCUACGAAACGGCCAACUUCGUAGAGAAGAAUAAUGAUGCCCUGCACCUCUCCCUCGAGUCGCUGGUGCGCCGAUCUCAGGACAACUUCGUCGCUCGACUCUUCUCUGACCACCUCGGGGGGGGUCCCGGCGGUGGGGGAGGGGGGGGACCCCUCGGAGGGGGUCCCAGCGGAGGGAGAGACCCCAGACAGAGAGCCGGGAAGCUGGGAUUCGUGAGCGUCGGGACGAAGUUCAAGACUCAGCUGUCUCAGCUGUUGGAGAAACUCCACGAGACGGGCUCCAGUUUUGUGCGCUGCGUGAAGCCGAAUCUGCACAUGAAGAGCCGCUCCUUUGAGGGUGGCAACAUCCUGUCACAGCUACAGUACUCGGGGAUGGUCUCCGUCCUGGACCUGAUGCAGGGAGGAUUCCCAUCACGCGCGGCCUUCCACGAACUCUACUCCCUGUACCAGCGCUACCUCCCUCCACACCUCGCACGCCUCGACCCACGGCUCUUCUGUAAGGCUCUGUUCAAGGCUUUGGGACUGAAUGAGGCCGACUAUAAGUUCGGACUCACCAAAGUUUUCUUCCGGCCGGGAAAGUUUGCCGAGUUCGACCAGAUGAUGAAGUCUGACCCGGAGCACCUGGCGGGGUUGGUGGAGCGCGUUAAGCGCUGGCUGCUGCAGACUCGCUGGAGAAAGGCGCAGUGGGGAGCUCUGAGCGUCGUGAAACUUCAGAACAAGAUUCUCUAUCGCGCCAACGCUUGCAUCCGCAUCCAGAAGACGCUACGGAUGUACGCCUGUCGUAAGAAAUACCGCCACCGGUAAGUGAACCUAGCCUGGCACGGUCCCGCUGG